GGCGCGGGAGCUGGGCCGCUGGAGCGGCGCUCGGGGUCGCUUGGCUUCCCGGUUGCGAGUCCCCGGGCGGCCACUCCUCUCCCCACCCCCCGCGGCCCGAAGCCGCGCGGGGCCGGGGCCAUGUGUCGCGCGCGACUCCGCCUCCCGCCGGUCCUCUGAGGCGGCGGCCGGGGAGAACGCGGAGACGCAGCCCGACGCCUGUCCCGGCUGCACCGUGUCCCGGUCUGGUGCACCGGGCGGCGCAGGGGCUGGGGCCUUUGAUCUCUGAUCCGGACCUCUCGGAUGGGGCUCUCCGGGCCCCGCCCUGUCUGGCCUAGACCGGCUUGCCCGGGUCGCUCAGUCUCUGCCGCCCGACCCCCCGACUAACGUUCUUUCUGCUCCGUGCCGGCGAGGGACCUGGGGACGAGCGGAAGUCUCCCGGCCCGCCGCGGAGUCCGCACCGGGUCUCAACGAGGCUGGGUGACACUCCAGAAUGGGAGACAAGCCAAUUUGGGAGCAGAUUGGAUCCAGCUUCAUUCAACAUUACUACCAGUUAUUUGAUAAUGACAGGACCCAACUAGGCGCAAUUUAUAUUGACGCAUCAUGCCUUACAUGGGAAGGACAGCAAUUCCAGGGAAAAGCUGCCAUUGUGGAAAAGUUGUCGAGCCUUCCGUUCCAGAAAAUCCAACACAGCAUCACUGCGCAGGAUCAUCAACCCACGCCAGAUAGCUGCAUCAUCAGCAUGGUUGUCGGCCAGCUGAAGGCUGAUGAAGAUCCCAUCAUGGGGUUCCACCAGAUGUUCCUAUUAAAGAACAUCAACGAUGCUUGGGUUUGCACCAAUGAUAUGUUCAGGCUUGCCCUGCACAACUUCGGCUGACUUAUCAGGCAGGCACUCAUGCUGUUUCCUCCUCCCUCCAGUUCCUGAUAAUAUUCACACUCCUCCAGAUGCUCCAAAUAUCAUACACAAAUAAGCAGAGCCAUGGUGGGAGUGGGCGCAGUGCGCUGCUGCCACUGAGGUGUUGUGCAUGAUGUUUGGAUGCUAGACUAGUUGCAUCUGACAGGAGAAGUUUGUGUUGUACCAGCGCAUGCCUUGGAAAGACUUAAGUAAUGCAAAAGGUUUUUUUUUUUUUUUUUAAUCUACUGACAAGUUGCUCUAGUAACCCAAAGAAGUGAAGGAGAAAGCAGCUGCCUCACCGCCCAGAUAUUGAUUUGUUCAGAUGUUUCAAUGCCUCAUGAUACAAUAAAACCACAAAAAUUUUCUUAACAGUUUAAAUUGUUUUAAUUAGUUAAUAGUUGGCUGGGCAUCAGUUAACUACCCUGCCCCACUGGCUCUCUUGCCUUACCCUCUCAUCUCUACCCCAAUUCAGCAAAUACCUAUGGAAAGGAGAAAACUGCUGAAGCUGUGCUCCCAGCUAAUUUCUCUCAGAAACCCUGUAGGGCAUAAUGUUCCCUUCCUUAGCCCACCUGUUGUUGGGAAAGUAAGCUGCAGACAGGGAGAGCUCAGGUCUGGCCUGAAGUUUCCCUUGCACUGAUACCUCUGCAGUCAGUUCUGAUAGUUACUGUGAUGCUGUACAGGGUAGGGUCAGGGCUCAAGGAGUAAUAGAGAUGACCCACAAAGGAUAAAGAGGCCAUGGCGGGGUUCUGGCUCUCUGGACUGAGGAUUCACCAAGACCAGAAUGAGCAGUUUUGAGGAAGAGGGAUCUGCUCUAUCCCCAGAAGGGUCAGGAACAUGCCCAGGGUGACCUCAUGAACCCCAAGUUAAGAAGAGAACUGCUCAGAUACUAUUUUACCUAGUAUUGCCCAAAGGCAAGUGCCAACAGAGCUAGUCCCAGUUGGGUCAGUCUAGAUUUAGAGCUGUAAAAGAAGCAGUCUGAGUCAGUUUGAUGGAUCAUCCUCUAGGAAUUCUCACCCAUCAGACUUAUACAGGGUGCAUGGAAUCCUUUUCUGCCUAUUUCGAACCACACACACACCCCUUAACACUGUUGCCAAAUCCCAGGAAGUCCUAGCUGUUGGGGCAGAUUCUGCUCCAUUUUGGGGACAACGGCCUUGUUUGGUGUGAAUCUAGCUCUUCAGCCCUGAGACCUGGGGUAUUAACCUGGUGGCAAUGUAGCAGCCACAGGCUAAAUAACCAAAACUUAAGCCUUGGGCUGAUACUGUUAGGGGUUUUAGGAUUUUUUGAAGGCACCACAGCUAAGCCUGAUUUGUAAGCAGUAGCCUCUCCCCUGUACUAUUGAGUUGGGAGCCCGUGAAUGUCCUUGGACUCCCAUAAGUUGCCUAGCUACACUGGACACAGGCCUGGAUGAUAUGCUGGUUGAGAUGACAACAUACUCAGGAGAUGUUAGUGAGACUGAUUUCUAGACUGCUGUAUAUUGUGGGGAAGGGGUAGAUGCCUGCUGCCCUUAAGCCACCUGUAUAAUACCUGCAAUACAGCUUCUUCCAUGUACCUGUGCCUGAAAUAUCUGCAAUAAAGAGGUGUUUGUAAA